AUUUUGAAUGCAAUAAAUGUAAAAAAAGAGUUAAACUGGCCUUGAUUAAUAAUCAGUUAACGGUGAAAUGAAAACUUUGAAUGACAUCAUAGCCAAAUAAAGAUGACAUCAAUACAAUUUGUUGAUUGAUAAACAUCUUAUUUUAAACAUAGAUGAAGCAAUGAAAUUUGCAUAAAAAAUUCAGAUUCCUUUGGAUGCAAAAAAAAAAAAUAUGAAAUUGAUAGUGUCAAAAAAAACGGCAAUCACACUGAAAUUUUAUGAACAGUAUAGUUAUUGAUUAGGAUUCAGUGUGGUUGAUAAAAUGCAUAUCAUUUUAAUUUGAAGACAAAAUAAACAUGAUGAUGUCUUGUGAUUAUAACACAUUGAAUAUAUCGAUUGCUUGGCGUAAUCUUAGCUACGAAGUCAAAGAUUUAUUUCGUAACCGGAAAUUAAUUCUUCGACAAUUAAAUGGCCAUCUUAAUUAUCAAAGUUUGAAUGGAUUCUUGGGCCCAAGUGGUGCCGGUAAAACAACUCUAUUAAAUUGCCUAAAUGGAACGUUAAGAUCCGGUAUUACAUUGGAUUCAGAAAUUUAUCUCAACAGAAAAGAACAACAAACACCUGUGAUUCGAAUGAUUGAGCAACAUGUUCAUGAAACUAUUCUUGGCCAGUUGACAAUACGACAAGUUUUAUAUUAUGCAUUUCGAUUCAAAAAUGGUCGUGAAAAUUUGUAUCAAAUCGAUCAACACAUUAACAAAGUUAUAAAUGAACUUUUAUUGGACAAAAACAUUUUGGACAAUAAGUUCGAACAAUGUUCAGGAGGCGAACAAAAACGUGUAGGUAUCGCCCAAGAACUCAUGUCUUUGCAACAACCAAGUUUUUUGUUCAUAGACGAACCGACAACCGGUCUAGAUAGUAAUUCGGCUUUAUUGGUCAUGCAAUGUCUUCGAAGAUUAGUUGACCACAACGAUCGUCUUACCAUUUUGGUGUCAAUCCAUGCACCGAAUUCAGAAAUGUUGAAUCUGUUUGAUAAACUUUAUAUUCUAUCUAAAAAUGGUGUCUGCAUAUAUUCAGAUGAACCGAAAAAUUUGUCAAUUUCUUUGGAAACAAAUUGCAAUAGUGAAUUGAGCGAAGAAAAACCAGCAAUUGAAGAAUAUCUUAAAGUCGCAUGCCAUGAAUUUGAAAAUGAACUUGUUCGUAAAUUGGCAGAUACAGUAGUUCAUGAUGAACAAAUAAGAGCACCAAUAUCUCAAAUCAAUGGACAAUUAAGAUUUUUAGAUCGAGGAAUUCAAAGAAAUCGUAAAGCUUUCAGUAUGGGUGAUUUAUUUCUUCAAUUAUAUAGAAUGUUUGACAUUCUGUUGAUAAUUGAAUAUAGAAAGUUAAUCAUACAGAUUAUUUUAUUGGCAUUAUUAUCAGUAAUAUUGAAAUCUGCAUUCAAUCCACAGAUGGUUACACCCGAAACUUGUAUGCCAAUCAAUGUUUAUGAUAAUGAAUCCUAUACAAAAUGUGUGGAUAAAUUGAAUGACGAAGAUUACAACGCACAGUACAAAGCAUUCAUGGGACAUUGUACCUUGGAUUUUGCUUUGAUUCUGAUCAUUGUGAACAUUAUAUCAUUUAUGAAAAUUUUCAAAGUUUUUUGCAAUGAACAUCGUAAUCAAUGGUACAGUUUAGGAACAUUUUAUAUCUCAUUUUCAAUCGUUCAUUUCAUCGAAUUAUGUUUCAUUUCAUCAUAUAUUGUCGUACUAUUAUAUUUUCUAAUCGAUCAUUCCUAUGUUGAUGGACAUCAAAUGAAUUGGCUACGUCUUGGAAACAUGAUCUAUUUUCGAUGGAUGUAUGAUCUUUACUUGCAAAGUUUGGCGCUAUUAGUAUGCUUGAUAUUUUCGAAUUAUUUGGAAAUAGCAAUAGUUGCCGGAGGAUUUAUUGUACAAACCAUUCAUUUGUUAAGCGGUUCACUUUAUAAUCUGGAACAAAUGCAAAAUCCAACACUAAAAUUGUUAGCCAAUAUUAUAAAUUCAAAAGUACCCGUCAACGGUUGGCUAUAUUCAUUUUAUGUUUUGGAUCGCUGUGAUUUAGAAAAAGAAAUUUCUUAUAUCAUGGUCGAUUAUGGUAUCGAUACGAAUACAAUCUAUAGUGAUGUUAUCAAAAUAUUUAUUAAUAUUGGGAUAAUUCGAAUUGUGACAGUUGUUUUGAUGUUUUUUCGAUUUUCAGCUGAUUUAUCAACUAAAAAAUUUUCACAAUCCAAAAAUGAUCAAUUGAAAUUGAUAAAUUUCGAUGCAGAAAUCGAUACUAAUUCAGAAUAUGUUAAUAGUAUCGAUACAAAACUCGAAAUAGAAAUAACUCGAAACAAAGAAGAUAAAGAACUUGAUUUUGAGAAAUUUACACGUGGAAAAAUUAUGAUAGCAUGGCGUUCUGUCACAUUGUUUGCCACAACUUCAAUAUAUGAAAUACGUUCGGUUAAAGAUAUUAAGCCUGAUUCUAAGCUAAUAUUGAGGAAUUUGAAUGGUCAAUUCAGAUUCGGAACAUUGAAUGCAUUGAUGGGACCUUCCGGUGCAGGCAAGACAUCAUUAUUGAAGGUGUUGAAUGGUCAAAUGAAGACAAGAUUAAGCCAAGAAAGUGAAUUUUUUCUGACAAAAUAUUGUCCAACUCGCGUAUGUUAUUUAACACAGGAAGUAUCUGGACAUUUGAUGCCAGGUUUAACAGCUCUACAAAGUUUGAUCUAUGCAUCUAGAUUGAAAAAUGCUUUUGAAGAAUCAUCAAUAAAUCAUGAAAGUAUAGCCAGAAAUUUAUUGAAUGAAUUAUGUAUGGCUGAUUCUGCUGACAAUUAUGUUCACAAAUGUUCAGGUGGAGAAAGAAAAAGAUUAGCUCUUGGUUUAGAAUUGACCAGUCUUCGAAUGCCGAAUCUUAUUUGUAUCGAUGAACCAACCAGCGGAUUGGAUAGUAAUUCGGCCGAAGUUGUAAUUGCUUGUUUACAUCGUUUGGCACAGCUACACAAUCUAACCAUAAUAGCAAGUGUUCAUCAACCAAACGUUAAAGUUUUGAUGAUGUUUGAUCAGCUAUAUGUAUUGGCUAAAGGAGGUGUUUGUGUGUAUUCAGAAAAACCGACAAACAUUCGAAAAUAUCUCUCGAGAAUAUCGACAAAUGGAAUGAUGAAAAAUGAUAUAUUUCCAGUUGAAAAAUUAAUUAAAUAUUCUUGUUUGGAUCAUUCAAAUUCGUUUGUUCAAAAAUUGGUCAAUAACGCUAAUGAAAUAAUUUUGAAAGAAAAUCCAAAUGAAGAUACUAUAUUUGUCAUGGAUGGUAUACCAACGAAUAGGAAUUAUUUUUCAUUACGACAUUCUUUCAUUUUGAUUUGCCGAUAUUUGAACUAUUUUAAAGGUUAUCAAUGGAUUCCAUUUACAAUAUUGUCAAUUCUAUUGAUUUAUCAAGCCAAGAAUCUUGGAUCAAUGUUCAAUGCAAAAAUUGCCCAAUCAAGUGGAUGUGUAGAUUGGGAUGAUGAUUAUAAUAAUACAUGCACUAAUGAAGAAAGGAAUAAAGAAUUGCUUGAUUUGAAACUCAAUUUUGUUCGCAAUUAUGCCAUACUGUUUAGUGUAACUUUAUUACUAUUAAUCCAGACAUCAUUUUUUUUCUAUUAUGAUAUUCGAUUUUUCUGGAAUGAACAUCGUAAUGGUUGGUACAGUGCCGGUGUAUUCUAUUUAACACGAAUCAUGAUCGAAUGGAUACAGAUUUUGGUCGUAUCGGCUAUUUUCGAUUAUAUAAUCGAUAUUUAUGAACCAAUUAAAUCGGGAAUGUAUUUUUGGCAAUGGUUUUUUCAUUUUAUGGCAAUCAUUUCAAUACAAGGUGCUGGAUAUCUAGUAGCCACUAUGACCAAUGAUGAUCCAAUUACAAUGGCCAUUUUAUUGGUUGGUAUUGGAAUAUCGAAUGCACUAUUGUCCAAUGGCGGUACACCAAUACGACAAUUACAUUAUUUCUAUCAAUUUUUAUCCAAUUUUUCACCAUUAAGAUUUGCAAUCGAAGCAAUUAUGGUUAGAUUAUAUGGAUUUGGCCGUUGUUUUCCAAGACAAACACCAGCAAUAUUAUAUAAAUUACGUAUCGAUAAUGAUGAAUAUUUUUAUCAUUGCAUCAUAAUGAUAAUCAUAAAUGUUUUAUUAUAUCAUUCAUUGGCAUUCAUAGCAAUAAUAAUUAAAUCGAAUCCAUUUGAUCGACGAAGACGACGUGCAGAAAAAAUUCUUGAACAUCAUGAAAAACUUGAACAAAUUAAUGUUGCUAUACCUGGACUUGGUUGUCAUCAUGAAUUUAUAAUCAAACGAAUUGAAAUUUAAAUAAUGAUGAAAAAAAUAUGAAUUAUUA